AUGUCUACAAGUAUUCUGUUAGAUAGUACCCAUUUUAAUGAAAUUCGUAAAGCCAUUGGUUCACGUUCAGUUGCAUGGGAUGCUGUAGCUAGAUCUUCGGAGGUCGAUGGGAACGACGUUGCGGUCGCCAAACAAUUGGAAAGUAUUUUAAUCAACAAAAAACCUACUUCUGGCGAAUCUGAGCUCAAUGUCAAUAAGUCAAUGAUUGUCUCACUGAUCCAUUUUUUACAAACCUCAACAAACAAUGAAUCUAAAAAAUACGUCACCAACUUAAUUGCAGAAUUGUUCUCUUCAGAAGAAUAUUCAGCUGAUGCAUUGGCGGUCUUUAAGGAAACACCUUCCUUGAUUAAUCAACUUUAUGAAGUUUCAUUCCAAUCUACAGAUCCUCAAACUUGUCUAAUAACUGCAUUCAAUGUGGUCUCUAUCUUAAUUCAAAAAGAUACACAUGAUAUUGACCUUAUCAAAAAAUUAUUAAGUAACAAAAGUUAUUUGGAUAUAUUACACAAUAAAGAACAAAUGGACACCUCAUAUGUGUGUAUGAGACUGUUACAAGAACUGGCAGGAGUUAAGGAAUAUCGUAAAACCAUCUGGAGCCUAAGAGCUAAUUAUAUUGGUACUAUUUUCGGUAUCAUUAAAAGUGCCACUCAACCUGAUUCAAACACUAGAUUAGUUGCUACAAACUCAAAUAAUCUGGGUAUUCAAUUACAAUAUUACUCAUUGCUGUUGAUAUGGCUACUAACUUUUGACAAUACCAUUGCAUAUGAAUUAACUACAGAAUAUUUGGCUGAUUUCUUAACAUUGUUAAGGUUAGUAAAAGUUACGAUUAAGGAAAAGAUAUCUAGAAUAUCAAUUGCAAUUAUUUUACAAUGUUGCUCCAAGGAUGUGAAAGGAAAUCGACAAUUAAUAAAAAAACUAUUGUUGCUGGGAAAUACCUUACAAGUACUGCAAUCCUUAUCUGAAAGAAAGUAUUCCGAUGAAGAGUUAAAACAAGAUAUCUCCACGUUAAAGGAAAUUUUAGAGGCUGAAUACAACGAAUUAACCUCUUUUGAUGAAUACAUUGCUGAAGUUGAUUCAAAAUUAUUAUGUUGGUCUCCACCACAUAUCAGCAAUGGGUUCUGGUCUGACAAUAUUGAUAAAUUUAAAGCUGACAAUUGGAAGUUAUUUAAGAAAUUAGUCACUUUGUUAAUAAAUGUUGCUUCAAAUGAAAACGUUAAGAAUAUUUCAGAAAAGCAAAAGAAAAUAAUACUUGAAGUUGCUUUGAACGAUAUUACACAUGUAGUAGAAUUACUACCAGAAAGUGUAAUUGUUUUGGGGGAAAUGAAUGGUAAAUCAGUUAUAAUGCAAUUAUUGAGUCACUCGGAUUCCAGAGUAAAGUACGAAGCCUUAAAAGCAACUCAAACAAUUAUAGGUUAUAAUUAUAGAUGA